AUGGGGGAGGGGAAAGAUGAAGUGCCUUGGAAUUCCAUGAUUGUGGCCUACGGGCAACAUAAAGAGGGUGCAAAAGCAUUGGCAUUGUUUCAGGAAAUAGUUAAGAGAGGACUCGAUGUUGAUAUGUUUACUUUGGCCAGUGUUUUGACAGCCUUUACAAGCUUAAAGGAUCUGCUUGGAGGAUUUCAGUUCCAUGCUAUGUUGAUCAAGACUGGCUUCCAUCAAAAUGCUCACGCUGCGAGUGGUUUGAUUGAUUUGUAUUCAAAAUGUGGAGGUGACAUGCCCGAUUGUAGGAAAGUUUUUGAAGAGGUUUACAGACCGGAUUUGGUUGUUUGGAACACUUUGAUAUCGGGGUACUCCUUGAAUGACGAACUCCCUAAGGAGGCUCUCGAGUGUUUCCGGGAGAUGCAACGUGUCGGUUAUCACCCUGAUGAUUGUAGCUUUGUAAAUGUAGUUAGUGCGUGCUCCAAUUCGUCAUCACCUUCUCUGGGAAGACAGAUCCAUACACUGAUAACCAAAUCUAACGUCCCUAAUCAAAUUCAAGUCAAUAAUGCCUUGAUUGCUAUGUACUCGAAAUGCGGAAAUCUCCAGGACGGAAGACAGUUUUUCGAUUGGAUGCCAGAACAUAAUACUGUCUCUUUGAAUUCAAUGAUUGCUGGUUAUGCACAACAUGGGGUUGGAACGGAGGCAUUAAUUCUUUUUGAGCACAUGCUGGAGCGAAAUAUUUCCCCUACAAGUAUAACCUUCAUCUCCGUUCUCUCAGCUUGUGCUCAUACUGGAAAAGUUGAGGCGGGCCAGAAGUAUUUCAACGUCAUGAAAGAUAAGUUCGGAAUUGAACCAGAAGUGGAGCACUAUUCGUGCAUGAUUGAUCUAUUGGGUCGAGCAGGCAAGCUACAUGAAGCUGAGAAGCUCAUAAAGAGUAUGCCAGUCAACCCUGGUUCAAUCGGCUGGGCUGCAUUGCUUGGUGCUUGUAAAAUACAUGGGAACAUGGAACUAGCUUCAAAGGCAGCACACGAGCUCCUUCAACUGGAACCUUCAAAUGCUGUUGUGGAGAUUAUUGGCAAAAUCAGUAAAGAAAAAGCUACACGAGUUCCAGAUGAGCAAAACAAAGGUGAAACACUUAACGUGCUGGCUGGAAUGACAUAUUUGAUGCAGCCUGAUCAAACUUCUUAG